GUAAUGCAUCUUCAGUAUUUAAUGGUAUGGUGUGUGUGUAUAUACUUUUUAGUGCACAAAUGUGUUCUAUUGAACAUCUGCUUAGUUUUGCAAGACUUUGUGUGUGCAUGUAGUUCUAACUGCACUGCUGUAUCGUUUUCUUGUAAAAGUAUUUUCCUAAAUUAUGUGUCUUUUUCUACACAGAUGGUGGUUAGCAUUAAAACGAAGCGUGAGUGCACAGCUGCUGCACCUCCCUGUGAAGGAACAGGGCACUGUCACAAGGAGACUGUGUGGGACAAAGACAAAGCAGAGAGAAAAAGGAAAGCUGAACUGUGCUGGAAAAAGACCAUGGCUCAAACAUUACAGAGCCAGAGUCAUUUUAUCAAUAAGUACAUAGAUCUGCUCACGCAGGAUUCAGAGGAUCUGGACGCCUCAGCCUCUACAUCAGCAGAGCAUAGCCCCAGUUCAUGUGAUGGUGCUCUGGUGUGUGUGGGACCUCGUCGUUGGCGUGCCAGAGGAGGAGAGAGGAGGCAGAUGGAGAUGUGUAUCCUGUGUCACGAAGCGCAGGAGAUCCUACCUGAUGGCGCCGUCAUGGUGCUCGCUGCCUUUGUCCAACGCUCUACGGUCAUGUCCGAGAACCACAAAAGACCCCCUCACAAUCCAGAGAGCUAUGAUCCCCUCUUCAUGCACCCUGACCUGUCCUUUGGUACCCAUACCGGCAGCUGUGGCCACAUCAUGCACUCUCACUGCUGGCAGAGGUCUUUGAAUAUCAAUGAUGCAAACAGGGAGGAGAAAUGUAACAGGUAUUUACAUACCAGUCAGUAUGUGUGUGUGUGUGUGUGUGUGUGUGUGUGUGUGUGUGUGUGUGUGUGUAUAUGUGUGUAUAUGUGUGUAUAUGUGUGUAUAUGUGUGUAUAUGUGUGUAUAUGUGUGUAUAUGUGUGUAUAUGUGUGUAUAUGUGUGUAUAUGUGUGUGUCUCUGCACCACUUAACUCCUGUCUCCCAUUUUUACUGCAUUUGUAAAACUGGAGACACUGCAGGGGGAAACCACUCAAACCCUGUAGUGUGUGAAUCUCCCAGAGCUUACACAUUCAAACUGAAACUACACAAGCACUACAAACGUGUGUGUGUGUGUGUUUGUAUUUGUGUAACAAAUAAAGUAGCAGUAAACCAUUUUUGUUUUGAUCUUGAUG